GGGAGCUUGAGCAUAGACCCGCUUUGCGUCAACCAUUCAUCAAGGGCAUCAUUGCUAUGAUCCCUGUCUUACAGCUGAAAGUGCCGUCCUGAUGUUAUCGGAGACAUAUGGUGAGCCAGAAUAGGCAAUCAACGCCGUCAAUAGCUCUCUGGUACUUGGAACUGAACGGUGUAUCAGAAUGCUUUCGGGCAAAGGACCGGCUUCCGGUUUUCUCCCUAUUGCUCCUUGUGUUGCCAAAGAUCAAAGAUCGAAACGGCAGCUCCAGGUGAACAAACCCCCGGCAGGCAAAUGACGCAUUGGCCAACGGCCGAAAUCUUGGCAGCGGGAGUCUGCAAAAGGCUCCAUAAUAAUUGGGGCUGGCGUGCCCCGCCCCGCACAUGGUCUCCCAGCUGGUGGUAGAAAAAAACGGCAAAAUGGUUUCGCCUAGAUUCCGAGUUUUCCUCUGCGCGGCCCCCUGGCACACACCAAAAAUUGACCUGCACAUUUAUCAAAAUCGUCUUGCCCGCCGAACGCCCAGCGACUCGUACUUGGAGAUCACGACCCAGAUCCCAAACCAAUAAUCAGUCAAAAUGUCCAAGCGCACGAAGAAGGUCGGCAUUUCCGGCAAGUACGGUACAAGAUACGGUGCUUCGCUCCGUAAGCUCGUCAAGAAGCAGGAAGUGUCCCAGCACGCCAGAUACACCUGCACUUUCUGCGGUAAGGACAGCGUUCGCCGCUCCUCCGUCGGUAUCUGGAACUGCAAGUCCUGCAAGAAGGUCAUGGCUGGUGGUGCUUACGUCGUUGCUACUCCCGCUGCUGCCGCUAUGCGGUCGACUCUCCGCAGACUUCGCGAGAUCACUGAAGUUUAA